AUGAGAAUCAACGCGACGAAGAUGAGCACUCCGAUUGAGGAGAAGAUUGACCAGAAGCUGAAAGUACGGACGGGGAUGGUGACGGUCAGCGAUGGGAAGAGCAAGCCUGUGCCGAUGCGUUUGCACCUGUCUAUGGAGGUACUGAAGCUCCAGCGAGAGGACCUGGAGCAGGCAGCGAAUCACAAUAAGCCACCUUUAGACGCGAAGGAGCGCAUGGUGCAGAUCACUAGGUCAAAGGUCGGAGGUCUCGGGCUCAGUAUAAAGGGCGGUGCGGAACAUAAGCUUCCUGUACUCAUAUCCAGGAUCUACAAAGGUCAGGCUGCCGACCAAUGUGGCCAGCUUUUUGUGGGGGACGCAAUUAUCAAAGUGAACGGAGAAUAUAUCACGGCGUGCAACCACGACGAUGCUGUUAACAUCCUGAGGAACGCCGGUGACAUAGUGGUUCUAACGGUCAAGCAUUAUCGAGCCGCCAAGCCGUUCUUGCAGAAGAAUGAGAAAGAAGAGAAGCUGGAUAACGUGGCCAAUACGGAAGACGGAUGGAUAUCGCCCAACAGACAAGGUGGCAGUCCUCGGUGCAGCCACAGUCGACAGAGCUCGAACGCAUCUUCCACUUCGAUGCAGUACAAGAGAUGGGUGGACGUCAUUACAGUCCCGCUGAUGAUGGCGUAUGUGACGAGAUAUAUAUUCGGCACCGAUAAGCUAAGGAGGAACGCAUUCGAAGUGAGAGGUCUCAACGGCGCGCGUACAGGCGUGAUACAUUGCGAUGACAGCGCUAUUCUUAGCCAAUGGUUAAAAUAUAUAACCGAUAAUAUUACAGGAUUGACGCAUUUACAGAUGAAGCUGUACAAUCGUAAUUUCGGCGUUGGCGAGCGCAUAGAAUACAUGGGCUGGGUGAACGAGGCAGUGAGCAACAGCAAUCAGCCGUGGCAGAGUUACAGACCGAGAUUCUUAGCGUUGAAAGGACCGGACCUGUUGCUAUUCGAGACACCGCCGUGCAAUAUAGGUGACUGGUCACGCUGCGCGUUAACCUUCAAGGUUUAUCAGACGAUGUUUCGCGUAAUGCGGGAGUCGGAGAAUGUGGACGAGAGGCAGCACUGCUUCCUGGCGCAGAGCCCGGGGAAACCGCCGCGUUACUUGAGCGUCGAGACCAGACAAGAACUGCUGCGGGUCGAAGCGGCCUGGCAUACCGCUAUAUGUUCAGCUGUCACGUAUCUAAAGAGCAAAACCUUCCCAGUAACGUUCAACAGCAGAAGCGCCGGUCUAACGUUGGAAUGGACUCAGGGUUUCACGUUGUCUUACGAGGGAAUUGGAGAAAUUGCGUGGCGCUACAAAUUCUCCCAAUUGAGAGGAUCCAGUGACGACGGUAAGAGCAGGCUCAAAUUGCACUUCCAAGAACCGGACAGCAUCACUAUCGAAACAAAGGAAUUGGAGUGUUCCCAGUUGCAAAACUUGUUAUUCUGCAUGCAUGCGUUUCUGACGGCGAAGGUGGCCGCGGUAGACCCUACAUUUUUAACGUCGACCACUCCGUAAAGAGAUGUAACAUAGAUAUAAUAUUGAACGUUAUUGCCGAUGAAUCACCAAGUGGAUCAGAUCUUGUGUUCUGUUGUCGUUGUACGGAUAUUAGAUAGAACGUGUGCGCUAAAGAAACAAAAAACUGAGACAAGUCCGUCGCGUUCGGCGGAAGUGGAAAAGAUGACAGAAACUAGUCAAUACAUCCAAAAGGUAUUUUUAUCGUUUACCUAUGAAAAUCACGCAAAGCGGUACUACUCUACUCAUCCUACCAAGCCAAUUUCACUAGUACGUAUAUGAAUCUAACGGCUAUCAUAGUAUUGUACGCAUCUUAGGUAAGAAUUCGCGCGCGGAAGUUUCCAGGGCAACGGCAGCGUACAUCUGUGGACGAUUGCCCGACAACAAUGCGAUUACGUUGUCUGUUCUUUUUUGCUAUACAUACAUAUUUUAUCUUUUUUUGAAUUUUUUUUCGAGAGACAUAAUCUCUCGUGUGUUUACGAUUUUAUACGCAUUUAGUAUGUAGCACACACUAUAACGCCACACAUGUGGUAGAGUAUAUUUCAGUGCGAAAUAUCCUUUUCGCAGAUGUAUAUCUCUUGGUUUUUCGCGUCUUUGUUGAUAUAUCUGUCGUAUAUCUGAGAUUAUAGAAAUUUAUAGAAAGACCAAUGCGCCGGUUCAUGAUUUUUAAGUUACGAUGGCGAAUCGGUUCUAUCUCUCUCCCUCUCUCUUUCUCUCUUUCUUUUUUAGUCAUAAGAGAUUAUUUAUAUACUUAAGUAUUGUAUUGCAUACCGUACAUGUAUAUCAGGUGCCUUAAAAACCAUGAACAAGGAGUAGCUAAAUUAACGGAGGCAUCAACAUUUCCGUUUCUCGUGGCAGCGUGGAGAAUCAUUGCGCAUCCAUACGUAGAGUAUCGAUGGAGAAGAACCGUUGCAGUUCAGUAGAAACAUUCUGAUUUGCAUCUUAAGGAUACUUUGGAAUGCGAUUGGAUUGGAGUAAAAAUAAAAGAAACACAGUAUUGAUUCGUCCAAUGCGAUAAAACAUUAAAGAGAAGUGGCAAGUUAUACAGCCCUAUAGCAGUAAAAUUGUAAUCUACAAUUAGAUGGCUCACACUCGGACGUAACUCGGAUAUCGAAAUAGUUUGUUUAUCGAUACAGUAUUAUCGAUGGGGGCAAUAAUAAGUUUUACAAAUUACAUAAGGGUGAACGUCAUCAGUAUCGAGCUAAUUGCUGAAACACUCGUGAUCGUUCGUGUACUUUCCCGUAUAUCAAGCGCGACUGCUUUUACUUACCGUUUAACUGGCAAUUUGCGAAAUUCGUUCGUACGGAUGUAGUUUCGAUUAUAAUUGCAACAAAAUCUUGUGAUGUACAUGGAAAGUUUAUUUAAUAUACAAUGAAUAUUGAAUCAUGUCUCACGCAUUUCAACAGGUCUAUAGUGUGUCUUCAGAGAGUGUACCAAUUAUAUCUUUCCAAUCAUUAGCUGUAGCGAUUUAGAGUUAACACCUGUAUAUUGAGUAUCUUAUCGGUUUGCAAUUAGAUUUAAAGCAAUAAAUCCAUAAUGAACGAACAACUAGGAGAAAUACACAGAUAAGGCGGUAGUAUUUAAACGUACGAUAAGGAAACUGCGCAUAUACAGUAAUAAGUAUAAGGCAGAAUGAAUAUCAUUAACGAUAGCAUACGCGAGAAAGUUGCACGUUUUCCAAUGUCAGCCUAACGUCACCCUCCCUCAUGAACGUGUUGUGUCGCAUAGAUAACGCGAAACUAAUUUUAACGUCGAGGAGACCGUAUCGUGGCUUUUAAUUUCCAUCGUGUAUCCUGAGAGUCUCCGGUUACUCGUAGAAAGUGCCUACAAAGUAACAUAGAGAAUGUAAAAAACAAAAAGAAGGAAAUCCGCUUCUGUUAUAUUAAACAGCGUGGUCAAGUGGCGAUUGUACUUUUCUAGUCUAAAGCGUGUCAGGGUGUUAUGCGCGAUAUCACGGCCAAGAUGUUUCAUCAUAUCGCACGUUUCUCGCGACCGCGAGACCCUAAAUUCUCAUUCAAUGAAAGAGAAGAAGAAGGAAAGGUAAUACCGCCAUUUUACGAUGCACUCGUUGCCGUUUGAACAUUGUAUGAACAGCAUGUAUCGUGAGAAAAUGUAUCUCUGUCUGCGUAUUUCUGAAUUUCAUUCACGAGAUCAUAGAUAUAUCGUAGUAGUGUAAUAAGAAAUUAAUCAAUAUAUAUAUAAAUAUAUAUAUCCGCUCUUAAACUUGAGUGCAGAGUAUAAUUCCAACGACGAGUUUGUUGAGCGUGCGUCUUCGUUAAGACAAGGUUGAAAUUAAUCAGAAAAUAAGUUUCCAUCAUACGUUUGUACUGCCUCGAUGUUUAAUUCGUUGCGAUUGCUUCAUUUUCGAUAUUGAAUGUUUUUUUCUUUUUUGUUUUACUUUUCAUAACGCUCUCGUUGAGUAUUUUCUGCACUCAAGAUUAGGAGCUUAUCAAGAACUGCACAAUUAUAUUAUAUAGAUAAGUUAGUUAAGAGAGUAUGGAAUGAAGCUGAGCAAACCCAAAGCGCAAUUAAGUCUAGAUCAUUUAUUGAAAGUGUAGACUGUUUUUUCUCUCUUUUUCUCUCUGCACAGCAGAUUGUCGAGAGGUCUUAAGUAUAUGAUAUAUUUUGUUAACGUUUAAAAAAUUAUUCGUUUAUUUAAUCGCGCGUUUUACAUUUGUUAAAUUAAGGACUUACAACAUUCGAUUUAUUGCGUAAUUAGAGUGCUUAUGUGAAUGUUAUUAUGUUAAUUUAUCGAUAUAUAUAUAUAUAUAUAUAUUCACAAUAUGUUAUAUUAAUUUACCAAUAUAUGUAUCUACAAUAUAUAUAUACAUUUCUCUUUUCUAAACAAUUCGUCUG